AUGUCUUCUCGAUGGCCUUCCUCCCUCCUCAACACCACCAACAAGCGGCUCACGGAGCGCAUUGAGCAGCUGACGCUUGACCUCGACAAUAAACGCAACUCUGUUGUGGAGCAUCGCGAGGUAGUAGCACUCCUCAAAAAACAUCAGCACCAAGCCCAGCAGCAGAUCAAGGCCACCGCAGAGGCGGUAGAGCGCGAGCGGGCUGUUGUUGAAGAUGAUGAGGGCAAACUCAGACAGCUCCGGCAGGAGUCUGAGACAGAAACGCGACGAGCGCGCCAGGCAAAAGAGGCGGAAAUACAACUCUCUCAAGCCGUGUCCGCUUUAGAGGCAACUGUAGAUCAGCACUGCCGUGUUUUGAGUGGGAAACGAGAGAUCGCUGUGGAGCUCGAGGAGGAGGCAAAGGAGCUGGUGGCGGCACACCUCAGCCGCCAGCGUGUUGGGGAUGAGCUGGCUGCUGCACAGCGCGAGGUUUCAUCGACGUUGUGGGUCACGCUUGAUAACCUCAACGAACAAGUUCGUGUCACCGCAUGCCGCUUGGAGGAGGCACGAGGUGAGCGGCUUCAUGUGUUGCAGGAAGUGGAUGCCAUGCAGCUCGCGUUACAGGAUGCUGUCAAGGACCAGGCGGAGAGCUUGCGUGCACUGAAGCUAGUUAAUGUGCAAACUUCCCAGCUGGAUACGCAGGUGCUGGAAAAUGCCAAAUCCAUGGAGGUUCUGCUGGAGACUGCCCAUGAGAAGGAGAAGCUCCGCGGUGACCUGCACGCCACGUUGGAGCGGCUCCUCGGGGAUAACAAGCUCCAAGCACUCUCGCGUGAUCUUAAACGUGAGAGGUACGACAGGCAAGUCCAUGCGCUCCAAAAGGCUGUGGAAGACUUGCGAGACGACGAGGCGCGCUCACUGAUUUCAACGCGCUGUGAGCAGGCCGAGAUACAGCAGCUUUGUCAACAGCGUCGAGAGCUCGAACACGUCAUCCUAUUGUGCGAGGAGAAGAGACAGCUGCUGGCACAGCAGCAGGCACGUCGUGAUGCGCUGGAGGGCGCCCGUGCGCAGAUGCAGCGGGAUGAGUCAACCGGGCAGCCGUCACCAGCGGCGCUGCGGGACAUGAUCCUAGGUCUUGGACGGCAAGAAGCGCAGCUGGAAGACCGGGUAGAGCGCACCCGUGCGAAGCUCACCGAUGCGAUUCAGACUUUCAUGGACGAGGGUCGAAAGAGUGAGGAGGUCAACGCUGCGGUAGCUAAUAUGAUGAAGGUUAAAUGGACCCUAGUCGCGGACCAGGAAACCGCAGAAGGUCACAUGCAGCUUCUUAAGGAGAGAAGCAACAAGCUUUCGGAAGAACUGAGCGAGCGGCAGGCGUUGCUCCCCUCGAUGCAGGCGUUGGCGUUGGAGCGGCAGGCUCAGCGCCAGGCCUCUUGGCUGCGCGAGAUUGAGCAGCUACGCGGUACCCUUCUGCGUGUGCAGCGAGACCAUCGGCUGCUGCUACAUGACACUGUGACUCUUCGCAGUAGCUGGCAUCGCACGCGCAAAGCAUUGGAGGAGAAGGAUGUGUCGCAGGGCAAGAUGAUGGGCGACUUGCGUCUGCUUGAGGCGGAAGUGUCCAGGCUGGACCGAGAGGUGACGGCCACCGUAGAGGAACACCAUAUCCGGUUGCUUCAGCACGAACAGGCAGGAGUGACGCUGCAGUCAUUGAUGAGGGCAGCUGAUGCACAGGUUAGUACGCUCAAGGAGACGGCGGGGGUCGAGGCGUACCUUCGUGCUGAAGUACAGAUCGAGGAGGAGCGGAUUCAGGCUGACAUGCGAGGGGCCCUUAUCGAACUGCACCUCAACGAGAACGAAGUGCACGAGCUGAGCGAGGAGCUGCAGCGGCAUCGGAAGAAGCUGAAUCUUCUUCGCCUCCGCUACGAGGAGACGAUGGCGUCGAUGGCUCGCGCAGCACAAAAGCCGCUGAACGAGGAGGAAAGAGGGUCUACCCCGCUACCCCUACUCAACAGUGAGAGUGAAACUUGCACCCCAGAGGCGAUGCACGCCCAUCUGUUGCUGCGUCGCUCCUAUGAACGGGAGCAGCUCAUGCAACGGGGAAACUACCUCGAUCUUCGCUUGGUGGCGCUAGAUAGGGAAACAAGCACCCUGCGACAGAUGCUGAACGAGUUGCGCUCCUCUCGAUGCAUCGCAACAGAACAUGUCAACGCUCUCGAAGAGCUCACCUCAACAGGAAGAAAAGCUGACACUUCUUCGAUCGAAAACUGCAACGCACAACUGGGACCAUCGGUUCUUUUGUGUUCUCCUGCACUUGCCAAGGAGCAACUGUUGAGUAGUGCUGAAGUGAGCGAACACUACUGGAGGACUGAACUACAGCUACUAGAUGAGGCUUUGGCUGGUAUGAGUCGUCAGCGGAAUGACUCGCGGGUGCGGCUGCACGAGAUGCGCACCGCGUUGAAGGAAUUGCAGGACACUGAGCGGCAGAAGCGAAUGCAAGUGCAAAAGCUUCGUGAGGAUAUUCAGCGUUCCCGCAAGUGGGCUAAGGUGGGCGCGAAGCGCAGCAAGUAA